CUGCAAGCAGAUUACCCGCGAGGCUGCCAAUUACAGGGCGUACGAACACGAGCACCAAGUAGCGGUCUUCAUUUCCAACGUACCUGAGGCCCAUGCCUCCAAAAUUCUGUUUACGGAUGUCACAGACGACGGAAGAAUUAUCAGCUACUCUGAUCAGGCGCGUUCCCCACGCAUCUUUGGUGCGGCAUCCUGUUGACAUGCAGGCAGACGGUACCAGUCUUAUGCCUAACUUAUCUAGCUUUGGGAAAAAUGACCCAGGCUCCCCCACAUGUUUGACUGCAGGUUUGAGGAUCCAACUCUUCCUGGCGCACGGUUGUCCCUACAAUUUAAGCUCGCCAUGUUUCCUUCCAGUUGCAUUCCUACGAACUCUUUCUCGAUCCUCCAACCCAAAGCGUUGUCUUUCAGACCAUUUUUCCCGAGUCUUUCGAUUGUUUGGUCGCGUCAGACUCAGUAAGAUGAUGCAGAUACCAGUCUUUUCACACCUGACCUUACGAGGUGUUACCAACAUCAUUUGGAUCACCACAUGAAGGAGUAAUUCAAUGACUCCAACCUGCAAAGUUUUUGUUAUGCUCAAGGUAACAGAAUGGGGUCCGAAAUCACUGAUCGAUAUUUC